UGGAGCGCGUGCAUCAGAUAGUCAUUGAAUUAGCUGGGGAAGCUUAGCCCUGACGCUAGCCCCAUUUUGACGUUUUUAUGGGCACAUUUGCGGAAAGAAAUUCAAAAUGCUGCAAUAGUUCUAAGGUGUCAACAAGAAGAAAUUCCCAGACGUCUGCUAUUUCCUGUCCAGCUGGAUCUGCACAAAGUUGGAGACCCUUCAAUUCUUUACCUGGUUUUCUGCAAGCAAAAUAACUGGAAAUAAUAAGAAUACAACUUCUUUCCAAGUUUUUUUUUUUUUAAUAUUAUUAUUAUUACUACUUUUUUUCUUUUGCACAUGACCUUUAGGCUCUCCACCACUUUGCAGUUGGGCUUAAGAACCAUCUUUGCUGAUUUUAUAUCGGUGUAAUCACUAAAUGUCUAAUCACUAUUCAUGGCCUAUUUACCCCAUUACAAUGAUGAUUCAUUUCUUUUAACUCACCAUUUCUUAAUUCUACACAUGUGUCAUUUUUUAGAAAAAUAAACUAUUCCCACUCAAUAACUGAGCAAGAGUAGGGCUAUGGACAUGUGUAUUUUUAGUAUUAUCAUUUAAAUUUUCUUUUGGAUGAAUCUAAACAAGUGGAGUUGUCUUGGGAUUUGAAGGAAGUUGUGAAAGAAACUAACCACAAACAGUUCAAAUGAAGUCAGGCCAAAUUGAAAUGGGAGGAGAAGUUGAGGAGCAUAAGGCCCUGGACCUUCCUGACGACAGAAAGCCCAACAGAGUCAUGAAAAAUGAUAAAAGUGAGAAUGAAGAGGAGGAGGGAAAAGCAGUUCAGAUUCCCCGAUAUCGCUGGGUCAUGCAUGCUGCUGUGAUGUUUGGACGAGAGUUUUGCUACGCCAUGGAAACCGCCUUGGUGACACCAGUUCUUCUACAGAUAGGUCUUCCUGAGCAGUAUUACAGUUUAACCUGGUUUCUCAGUCCCAUCCUGGGUCUUCUGUUCACCCCGCUGAUUGGCUCAGCCAGUGACCGCUGCACUCUGCGAUGGGGCCGGAGGAGACCAUUCAUUCUGGCUCUUUGCACAGGAGUGCUAAUUGGUGUUGCACUAUUUUUAAACGGAUCAUUGAUUGGCCUUUCUAUUGGUGACAGCCCAAACUCCAAGCGGCAGCCAAUUGGUAUCGUUCUGACUGUUGUUGGUGUUGUGGUGCUGGACUUCUGCGCUGAUGCCUCCGAGGGACCAAUCAGGGCUUACCUUCUGGACGUUGCUGAUGCUGAUGAGCAAGACAUGGCUCUGAAUAUACAUGGCCUGUCCGCUGGACUUGGCGGAGCAGUUGGCUACAUGUUGGGAGGCCUUGACUGGACCGGCACUGCUCUGGGUAGAGCAUUUAAGUCACAGGAACAGGUCCUCUUCCUGUUUGCUGGGGUUAUCUUUAUUAUUUCUGUAACACUGCAUAUGCUCAGUAUCCCUGAGAGGACUUUUGCUUCAGCCAACCAACUGAAAGAUGAAGAUGAUGAGUGCACCAGUCAGUUGUCUGUAAAAUUGCCUGGCUGCACACGACCUUGUCUCGUUGCAAUUGCAGAGGAAGAUGCUUUUGCACCAGCCUCUUGCCAAGAGGACAAAGAAACACAUCCCGAGGAAGCAGAAAUGGAUUUCCUAGCUGUGGACAGAGUUCGGAGUAAAAGUGAUUCAGUCCUUGCCAUGCCAGACGCUACAAUCGAGUUAGACUCUGACCUUCACCUAGACAGGCAGAUGUUCUUACCUGAAGUGCCUUUAUUACCAGAAGAUCUGGACAAUGCCUUUACGCCAUCAGACACCGGUAUGGAGUCCUCAUCUCCUACUAAUGACCCCACCUCUCACACUAAUGGGAGAGUGAUUGAAGAGCCUACAAAUAUAGAUGUGCCUCAAAUAAAGGACCCAACAAAUGGCCAGCUUUCUGUUCCUCAGGCCAGUUCUGCCUCAGAGAAUUCACACGUACGAUGGCAUGAGCUAACCUCUAACGGCACCAGUGCUGGUUUGCCUUCCUCUCAAGCCUUGAAUACAGGUAAAGGCCACACCUCCACCAAACCAGGGACCCGCACUGGCAACACUUCUGUCUCAUCACGACAACAUCCAGCAACCUUCUACAGACAGCCCUCCUUUACAUUUUCAUACUAUGGUCGAGUGGCAUUACAACGCUACAGACUGAGACGCACAAGACUCACGGGCCCUCGGCCAAUCACCACCUCCCGUAGUCUGACUGAUCUGCGAGGCAUCCGGGGACCUGUGCACAGAAGAAAGAGGCAGCUGUCUGCAAGUAGCCUUUCAUCUGAAGGCUCCAGCAGUGUUGGGGAAAUGGAGAGGGGUACAACUGUGAAGCUUCUUUGGCUAUCCAUGUUCAAGAUGCCAAAGCAGCUCUGGAGACUGUGUAUAUGUCACCUCCUUACAUGGUUCUCCAUUAUAGCUGAAGCCGUGUUUUACACUGACUUCAUGGGUCAGGUCAUUUUUCGUGGAAACCCUAAGGCACCAGGCAAUUCCACAGAGCUACAAGAUUAUCACAGAGGAGUACAGAUGGGGUGCUGGGGGUUGGUGGUCUAUGCUGCAACUGCUGCUGUUUGCUCUGCCAUUCUUCAGAAAUCUUUGGAUAAUUUUGAUCUGAGUAUUAGGGUCAUCUAUGUUGUGGGAACUUUGGGAUUCUCAAUAGGAACUGCAAUUAUGGCAAUAUUCCCUAAUGUUUACGUUUCCAUGGUGAUGAUCAGUACCAUGGGAAUCAUCUCCAUGAGUAUCUCAUACUGUCCCUAUGCUUUACUUGGACAGUACCAUGAAAUCAAAGAAUACAUUAACCAUAGUCCAGCCAACACUCGAAGAGGCUUUGGUAUAGACUGUGCUAUACUAACCUGCCAGGUUUACAUCAGUCAAAUUUUGGUUGCAUCAGCUCUUGGAUCUGUAGUUGAGGCUGUUGAUAGUGUACGUGUCAUUCCAGUUGUUGCCUCCGGGGGCUCCUUCCUUGGAUUCCUCACUGCUUGUUUCCUAGUAAUUUAUCCUGUCCCAGAGCCUGGUAGCUCUGUGGAUUAUUAGGACUCUGAUGCUCUACCUGGAGAGGAGGGUCAGAAUAGUAAAAGGACCAGUGACUACAGACUAUCUCUGCUUAACCUCACAGAUCAGACCAGAGAAGACGCUGCUGCCUAAGGGUAGAAAAGAACUGCCAUGAUGGAUUGACUCAACAACCAAAAACUGCAUCAUGUGUAAAUUAUACCAAACUUUGCUGGUGUGCAUAUGUGAUGGGCUGUGCCAUGUGGAGCGGCAAAGAAACACAAAGAGGGAAAACAUAACUGACAGAUGAUUUUCCAUCUAGUAAAAAUGGAGGAUGGGCAGAUUUGGAUUACUAUUGUAAUCUAAAUGUGAAGUGAAGGAAAUCAUAUAAAAACAAUGCCUGCUUGUGCUGCUCUGUUUGUGGAGUUGCUACCUCAACACUAAGAAAAAUAAUGUUUAGCCGGUAAGUCACAACAACAAAGACCAGGCUCGAGCUGCUGGUCCAACUGUUGAAAUUUAUUUAGUUCAGACUACUGGAAGCACAAAGCACUUUUGAUUUUUUUCUUUUUUAACAGUGCUGCCACGCGAAUGGUGCCAACUAUCACCAAUAUGUCAUAUUUUACUCUGCUGCUGCUUCUAAACUGCCAAAUGGACAAUCAUAAUGCUGUAGAAGGGAUGCUUGGUGCAACCCUGCAUAUUUUCAGAUUAAAUACAGAUGUAUAUUUGUUCCACUUCUGGUGGACUUCAUGGACAUUUCACUGCCAUUUUACAAAAGCCAAAAAAUGUCAAAAGGUACAAACCUCUUGAGUUUGUUCUAGAUGCAUAAGUGUUAUACAAUCAAACAUAGGAUUUUUCUUUAAUUACACUACAGUUAAUGUGUUCAUAAUGGUUCAUUUUAGCAAUAUAUUUGAGCCUCCAGAGAGUUAUUUUCAUUUUUUUAAAAUUUCUGAUGAUUAAAAGUUUAUCUCUCAGGGUGUUGUUUAAAAAAAUUAUUGUGACUGCUGGGCUAUUUUGAACAGUUUUGGAUAGAGAAGCAAAUUUUUAAUGUUGAUUUCAAAUCUGUAAACCAUAUUCUUGAAGAUGAGCAGGAAGGAAGUGGAGAAUUGGAGACGAGUAGGAUUUAUUGUAGUCGUAUCUUUGUGCAUUUUCUUGAAAGCAAACUGACCUUUACCCUGUUGUGCAUGCUUAUGAGAUCAGCUGGUCACUGUAAAUCUGUCCUCUGUUGGAGAGCUACACCAGGGAAAACAUUGCUCCAGAAUAAUGAGAGAGAAAGUUAAAAAAAGAAAUGCACAAUAAUAUAGAAAGCAUGUUUGGUAUUUGGGGCAGACUAAGCUCCCAAAGUGCAUUUAAUAGUUGUGAAGCUACAGCAGAACAUUAUUUGAUGUGGCGUGAAUUCAGAAAGCAGAAUUUUAAAGCCUGACGUAGUGUUUGUGUCAUUUAUACUGUAACAUCACGUGGUGCAUUAUUCCCAAUCAUCCGUGUUGAAUGAAAGUGAGGAUCACUUUGCAUAACUCAUCUGCAAAAUGUAAAGUAUUUUGAUUGCUCAGCUCAGGAGAAAACAUCAGACCUGAUUUCCUAUCUUAUGGGUUUUCUGUUAUCUUCUGUUGAAGGAAUUUACUUUGCUCCCCAACCGCAUCACCUUUGUCUUGUUUUCAGGCAGUGUUAGCAUUUUAAAGGAAAUAUCAGAAAUGCAACGAUAAAACUUUGAGGACAUUUUUUGUAAUUUCAAACAAGUGGCAAUGUAUGUUUUCAAAAGGUUUUUUCCCCCGCAACAGGCUUAAAACUAAUAGUAAUGAACAAUUCAAAAACACUUUUUUUCUACCUGAGUUAUAUCAAACCUUUGUCAAAAAUAAAAAAAAUGAGUACCUUACCAAUAACGUAUAGAAACUUGGACUUAAAUUUUCUUUAGUCUGAGAAAACGGAACAAUGUUUUUGAUGCUUUUAGUUUAGUUCAAUUAUCGAUUUUUCCAAAGAUUGUUUUGAUAUUAUCUUAGAACUCCCAUAUUAGUGCGAAACUACUUGCAUUGUAUAUUGCAAUUAUUUUUGAGAGGGUUUGUAUUUUUUUUUUUUUAAUUUAACAAAUGAACACAUUGCGUGUUCUCCUAGACUGAUUUUUGGUUCUGUGUGCUGAUGUACAGAAUUUUUGUAAAUUGUCCUGUUAAUUGGAGAUAAAUGGGCAACAUCUGUCAUCACAAAUGAA